AUGGAAUCUAUUGUCAUUCAUGGCAGUCAACAUCAACCUGAAGCUUCUACAUCAAUUGUAAAGUUCAAUUUCAAAAAACCUCAUGAAGUCCCCGGAUUUGAGGACUUUUCAACAACACCACCCACAGAAUUAUUAAAAAGAUCCAGUCAUGUCACUGAUACAUCUUCUCCACCUCCUUCCAAAAAAAUGAAGAUUACCCCUGCUAAAGAGCCAAUUCAAGUAGAAACAACCAACAUGCAUAAGGAUGUCAUACCACCAAAUGAAUCAGAAAAGCAUGUUUCUCUUGACAAUGUACUAGUGGCGAAGUCAGCGGUAGGAGGUGAAUCUUCCGGUCAUUCGGAGCAAAUUAUUCAUAUGCAAUUCAAAGCAUUGAAGAAGUCCAUAAAGAAGUCUUUAAAGAGAUACGUUGACCAGAAGUUCAAGCGUUUGGAGAAUAAAAUUAAUUCGAAUCAUAUUGAUCUUUUGAAAGCCAUCGACAGUAUAGCGAACCGAAUGACUGGCACAUCAUCUCAACUUAAAAUAGAUGAUUUUGAUCAAAUAUUUCAUGUGGUGGAACAACAACAAGCACCUACUGGAUUGGAGGAGCACAAUUUUGCAAAUAAAUCUGAUCCACCCCAAGCAAAUGACCAAUCUAAUGUCCAGGAAGAUAUUAAGGUGGACAAUAUAUUAGAACAAAACAUUUUAUCAGAUAUUCCAGAAUCAUUUGAUCAGCACGUUUCUUCUGAUACAUUAAAGAAUGAAUCAGCACACCAAAUGAAACCACAAAGAGCAGAUAUUGUUCAGCUUAUUGCUGAUUCUGAUACAUUACAGAACACUAUAGAGAAAGAUGGAAGAGUAGUCGUUGAUAAAACUGACAAAGUAGAAGAGCAAGUUGAGGAGAUUGAAAAAGAAAAAAUCAAACCAAGCACAUCGGAAUCUAAUACUUCAACACCAUUUUCGACCGUAACUCUGGAUGUGAUAGAUGCUCUAAUAUACGGACUUCCAUUACCAGCCACGCCAUUGACCGUUGUUAGUUAUGAGCAAGUAGUUCAGGAUAAAUGUCUAUUACGCGAUAGCCAGCUACCUACCACUCUUCCAUCAAAACCCAAUGUAUUGUCUGACGAUGCGAAGACACCAUUUCGAAGAAGUAGGAUUCCUUCGAAGAUCUUACAAUCGCCAUAUCUUUCAAACUUUGGGUCGAGUGAAAAGGGUAAGGAAAAAUUAUCAUCUGUUAUGCAUUAG